AUGAUGCUGUAUGAGGCAGAGCAAAUGGUAAAAAACAAGGACUUUGAGAAGAAGAAUAUUUUUAUUUACAAUUGUAAUUCUUGGUGUGGAAGUCUGGCAGUUCCCGCAAUGUCAUCCACUGAGCAUCAUAUUCUAGGAUUUACAGAACCCGCACCUAGUUCAUAUAAGAAGGUUUUGAACACAAGGCAUUGCAGAAUGGAACAGAACAACAGUCGUGAAGAUGAAUUUUCUUCAAAUGUUUUUUCAGCCUCGUCUUCUCCAAACAACCAAUCUGAUGCCCGAGCUUCAAGUGGGAAUAAAGGUUGGGCCGUUUUGAUGUCCACUGGAAUGUGUAUGGCGUUAGUGGGGAUUGCUUUCACCGUGCUGGCAUGGGUUAACAAGAAGCCAAAUUGGACUCGGUUAUUGGGACCCUUCAUGCUGAUUUUGGGAGUGCUAUUCCUACUGAUUUCUGUAUGGUUUAUGGUGCUAACGUUAUGUAAGCCUUGUCUGAGCACUGAAGAGCCACCAGUAGAUCCUGAGCAGCUUUCAGGGGAACAAUCUUUUGUUUUUAGUGGAAUAAACCAGCCCAUAACUUUUCAUGGUGCUACUGUUGUACAGUACAUUCCUCCACCCUAUUCAACUCAGGAUUUUACAGGAGGUGCAACUCCCCUAUCUCCUAACGCCAAUCUUAACAAUACUACCGCGGCUAAUGGGGCUUCAUUAGCUCCUCCUCAAUAUUUUAACAUCUACCCAAUGGACAAUCCUGCUUUUGUACAAGAUGAAGCAUCUACUGCUCAGCUCUCCUUGAUUGGAUUGGAUGGAUUAAAUGACAGUUUGCCUGAUGCUGCCUGGCUUUCUGAAGAAUUCCUGGGCUCAAACAGAACAAAUGAACUGCCACCAUCAUAUGAUGAAGUCUUUUCCACUCUCAGAAGAAGUGGAACCACAGACCACAGCCCAAAACUAUCUUGACAACAACCUCUCCCAACCAAAAAUACAUUUUGUAUAGCAUUUAUAAUGGAUGAAUCACAGCAUCCUCUACUGCUUAAACUGCCUAGAAGUUUAAGACAAACAACUCGGGGUUUAGAGUUAUGAAGGUCAGUCUUCUCCUGCUUUUUAAUUUAAUCGGUGGAGGUCCUCAUAAAAAAAAAGAGGCACCGAGGCAGACUUGGAAAUCAGUGUAACCUGCAGGAUGCCUACAAUUGACCAUGAAGAUAUUUUGAUGAGGAAGACACAGAUUGUUACUGGAAAGACCACCUAGGACUGUGUAUAAUAUAUAUGUGUAUAAGUUGCUGGUGUGUUUAUGGGCAUCAUUUCCUGUUCAACCUCAUGUUGUUCUUUCAGUUCACCUUGAAUAACUUGCAGACCCCAUAUUGUUUCAUACUAUAUCACCAACGGAGGGAGGAAAGGGUGGUUAAUAUAUACCAAUAUUGUGAUAUUCAAUAUUUCAGGGGUGAGGAUGCUGUUCAGACCCCAAAAAUAUUGACAUGAGGCUGAGACAGAACAAUUCAUUAUAUAAUAAAGGGGAAAUCUAGCUGUGCUGCAACCAAUUUUUUAA